UCCGCCCUUGUGACUCGUUGGCGUGGGUUUGACGGCCAUCUUUGUCAGCUGACCAGUCUGCCUCAGUUUGACUGGAGAGUCAGUUCAUGUUGCCUUUGUUCAUCCCCUGAGCGGACGCUAGUUUGACGAAGUUUGUAUAUGUGAAUGUGUGUCGAUAACAUCACGUCUCAUUUCUUCAAGUUUUUGUAGACAUUGUCGCAAAAAGAUUUUCCAAAAGGAUUUGUUUCCAGUGGUUUCAUGUGAACGACACGAUAGACCUUCACGAUAUUGAUUCAGGAGAUUGUUUCACCCUUCGUUGUGUAACACGUGUUUGGUACCCUCAGUGACUUUCUAUUUCGGUGGUUGAGCUAUACGGUAGAAAGACCUUCUGUGUGGUGUUCCUCGCUGUUUAUCCACAACUGAAGUCAUAGAAUCAUCUGCUGCUCACCAACAACGGACGUCACAGAACCUCGUGGUGUCAUCAAAGCCUCCAAGAUCAAGAACUCCGGGAGAGAGCACUAGAGUAUCUAGCACUGACAGCGACUGCUAAAUCCGAAUCGUACAAGCACAUCCCAAAAGUUUCACCAUGUCGCAAAACAUGACGACCUCACCGCUGAAGCAAAAUCACUUCAGAGUUCAACUGACGCCACCCGUACCAUGGAUCAAUCCUGCUGGCUGGUCAGCUCACUCCGUCCCCGUCCCUUCAUUCAGCGACAUUGGUCACCAGCUGGCCGAAAACAUGGCUCCAGAACCAGCAGACUGCCAGCCGUCAUGUAAAAGACGGAGAAUGGAAACUGAACCGUCACCCAAUGGUGCGGAGUCCAGUGUCAGCGGUUUCGGAUUACGCCCCUUAUCAAGUAGUCAGACGAGGAAUGUUGGUGACGUCAGUGGUGGUUAUGAUCACGUGUCCAAGAUGCCGAUGGAAACUCAGUUGUGGUUUCGCCUUCGUGAACAGGCGCUGAGAGAAAAGAGAGACAACUCGCUGCAUUAUGGGACGGUGGAGACCGGAACUGUGGACUGGGUGAAGGUCCAAGCUGUGUCUGCUCCAGUGUUUUCUCUGGUCAGCGCCUUCGUGGUCAACUUUCAGGAGGAAUUUUACACCGACAGAUUUUCCCUGGAAGAGCGAGUUGUUCUCAAGCACUUGUGUACCGAGUUCAAGAUCGAGACAACUGACCAGCUCUGUAACAACGACAGUGUGGUCACACUCAGGAAGACAAGUGAGACUCUUUUUCCCACUGAGCAAGUUUUCCAACGCGUUUUGAUGACCCUCCAACAAUCACAAACAAGGGUCGGGCUUGGACAAAGCUUCUGACAACUGAACGAUGACCGAAACCUGGGAACUUGGCCUUCAGUUCGAGAGAACCAACAGACAGAUUAUAAAUAGUUUAUUGUCCAACCAACAAGAGCGCAAUUGCUACAUCAUAAGGGUGCACUUGAGCACUGGUAAACUGCAGGGCCUGCCUUUGAAAUAACUUAUUUGUAUCUGAAAAACUGUUAGAUUUUUCGUCAUAAAAAAGACGAAUGUUUAUAGAGACUGGUUUCACUUCCAAACUAUUUACUGCUUAAAAUGAAAAAAAAAAUGUUAAGGCAUGUUUAAGGUAUUCAGUUUAAAACUACAUUUUUUUUCAACCAUCUCAUGGAAAACCAGUUAAUGUACGUGGUACCUUUGUCAUUCCCUGAGUACUUUCAGCCUUCUUCCUUUCAACAGUACCGACAGUAAUCGGUGUGGAGACAGAGACAAUUUUCCUACAGCAGGUUUUGUCAGACAUCUGCUUAUUAUUGUAUAUCAUUUCACUCUAGUAUUAUCAUGCAUUAGUGAUCUUAAGCCCUUUGUAUUUCUUUUUAAAAAUUUGAUUAUCAUACUCUGGAUAAAAUUAAGAAAUCCAGAAUAUGCAUUUCAAACGUAUAUUUUAUAAAAAGAAAAUAGUGUUUAGAAAGUAAUAACAACUUAAUUGUAUAAACCCUUCACAACCCCCUUCCCCCAAAAAGCAAAAAAAAAACAAAACAAGCAACUAAACAAAAACAAGUAUUAUUUCACUUUUGUGGGUCUUUUUAAGUUGUUUUUUUUUUUACUGAAUUUACUUGCGAAAUACCAAUUUUGAGGCUUUGCUAUAACAGACAGGUGACUUUGAGCACUUUGUAAUUAUUCAAAAACAAUGCCAUGAAAUACUCUUGUUGUACAGAUUAAAAUGUCCGAAAAAAUACGAAUUUAAAGCAUUUUGUUCUAACAAAUG